AUGUUCACCUGUAUUUCCCAGCUGAGCGGCCGGAGGGAGAUGGAUGGGAGCGCCGCGGAGCUGAACGGGGUUGAGGUCAACUUGGCUGCAGCCAGCCUGCCCCGCUCUGCCAGCACUGCCAGCCUCGCCAGUGCCGCCGGCAUCACCAGCUCCGUCAGCACUGUCAGCAUUACCAGUAGGUGCGUGUCCAUCCUCUGCCCGCUCUGGUACCGCUGCCACCGCCCCCAGCACUUGUCAGCCGUGUUGUGUGCCCUACUCUGGGCCCUCUCCAUCACUGUCAUCGCUGCAGUCACUUCUCUGUGCCUGUGGCAUGAGGACGAGCACUGCCGGGUGGCUCUCAUCUCCAUGUAUGUCCUUAACUUCCUCGUCUUUGCCCCACCCAUGGUCAUUUCCAGCACAAUCCCCUUCAUUAAGGUCCAGUGCGGCUCCCAGCAGCACCAACCCAAGAGGCUCCACAUCGUUAUCUUCCUCACCGUCCUUUUCUUCCUCCUCUUCGCUCUUCCCCUCAGCAUCUGGAAUUUCCUGCAACAGUUCAGCUACAUCUUCGUGUCCUCCCAAGUGUUUUUCCUGCUCGCCUGCAUCAACAGCAGCGUCAACCCCUUCAUUUACUUUUUGGUGGGGAGCUGCCGCCG